AUGACAGAUAUCCAUGAUGACAUUCCAACUGGUGGUGCCACACCAACAUUCACAUCGCAAUCAUCCAACGAGAUAUUGAUGGUGCAACCGACUCACUUUGAAUUGAAUGCACAGGCUGCCAAUGACAACUACUUUAUGAAUGCACCAAAAGAUCCAUCAGUAGUUCAUCAACAGGCAUUGGAAGAGUUCCAUACUUAUCAUGAUGCACUCAAGGAGAAGGGAGUCAAGGUUACAUUGUUCCAACCAAAUGAUGGUUUGGAGACACCUGACUGCCUGUUCCCAAACAAUUGGUUCUCAACACAUCAGCCAACAGAGUCCAGAACAGGACAGGAGCACGUGAUGGUUCUCUACCCAAUGUGCCAUCCAAAUCGCCGUCUGGAGCGUCGCGACAGCAUUAUAAAGCACGUUCUGGCACGCAGAGAAAACACAAAGUUGAUCGAUCUGUCCUCGUCCGAGCAGACCAACAUCUUCCUCGAGGGCACCGGUUCAUUCGUCAUUGACCGCGUCAACAAGGUGGCCUACGUCUGCGUGUCCCAACGCAGCCAUCGCGACCUUGCCCUCGAGUGGGCCGAGUUCAUGGGCUACAAGCUCGCUGCCUUCACAUCCACUGACUCUGCCGGCAAGAUCAUCUAUCACACCAACGUCAUGAUGGCCAUCUGUUCAUCCAUUGCCAUCGUCUGUUUGGAGACUGUCGAGGAUCCAGUCGAGAAGAAGGAACUGUUGGAUUUAUUGUCCAAGAAUCAUACAGUGUUGCAGAUUACAAGAGCCCAAGUGGAGCAGUUCUGUGGCAAUGUGAUUGAGGUCAGAGGCUCGGAUGAUAAGAAAUACUUGGUCGCAUCAAAGACUGCCUAUGACGCAUUCACCGAGGCCCAGCGAUCACAAAUCCUCAACCAUGUGGACGACUUUAUCACCAGAGACAUCCCAACCAUCCAGACCGUUGGUGGUGGUGGCAUCAGAUGUAUGAUUGCAGAGUUGUUCUAA